UUAUGUGUAUUAACUGUGAAUUAGGUGCCGUUUAAAUAAAUGUCAUUUAUGCUAAAUGCAAUUGUUUAAUGUAAUCAAUAUAUAAUACCCAAUACGUGUUGAAUAUCUGGUUGUAACAUGAGUUGCAUGUAAAAGUGAUACUUAAUGUCGGAGUGCGUAGUGCUUGUGCGGCAGGCUCGCCCCGAAGAUCAGGAUGCCCGGGUCACCCUAGUUCGGCUAGGCCUUGCUGAAUACAAUUUUCCAGCUUUCCUCUAUUUUUUUUUGCAGGAAGUGAUGCUGCAAUUUGUCUUGCUGUGCUGUGCGGUGCUGUUUAUAUUCUUCAGUACUCCAUUGUGGAUAUGUGUGCUACCAGGUCCUGCACUUGCCAUUGUGACAUAUAUCGGCUGCACCUGUGUGCACAUUGAACUUGGUCACAAACAUAAGCGGAAGGUGCGCGACGAGUGGGUCGGGUUCGUGGCGGAGCUCCGCGGGCCGCUGGUGCACGAGCCGCACGGGGUCAUGCCGUACGUCGUCAGCGAGCUGGACGCGGACUUCGCGCCCGUCACCCCCACGCGCAUCCUCGGCACCGUGAGCCUGUCCGCGCUGUGGGGGCCGGCGGACGGGCUGUGGCUGCACGACCUCACCGUGCACCCGCAGUGGCGCGGGCGCGGGCUGGGCGGGGCGCUGCUGCAGGCCAGCUGGCAGUGGGCGCUGCGCGGCUCGGGGCUGGCGGAGGGCGCCAUGGUGGAGGCGCUGGUGAGCCGGCUGCAGGGCUCGGCGGCCGCGCUGCUGCACGAGCAGGGCUGGCAGACGCGCGGCUCGUACCGGCGGCCGGCGGGCGCGGGGACGGCGCUGCCGGUGCUGCGACUGUCGCGCAUCCUGGAGGCCACCUGAACUCUCAUCUCGACUUGUAUCCGUUACUCACUAUAUUUUACAUAAUGUAUACCAAAAAAUGUUACGUAUUUCAUUUGAAAUGUUAUAUAAUGUGUAUACUAUGUAAGUAGGCUAUUAAGUGUUUUAGAGCUCAGUUAAUCUAGCCUACGCGCCGCAAUCCUGCCAGCCCGGGAGGCGGCAGUGACCUACAGUAAUUAAACAAAAUAGAAGCACCUAAUUGAACAUUUCCAAUGUUUACUGAGGCUGACAGUCUACACUCAAUAUAGCACAACAACAACAAUGACAAACGUACGAUCAAAGAUAAAACAAAAGAACUCUUAAAGGUCAGUGUGUUCUGCACACACAACUUUACAAGUUGGAUGGCGCUAAUCGCGUUGUGCUGUGUAUGAUCUAAUAACCACCACAAAAAAGAAAUAAAAUGAAUUUGAUUGCAUUGGUUGUCAUAUUGAGAUGUUUAAAUGAUUUUGCAAACAUGGUGAUGUUACGACAGCCGAUUAUUUAACAAUUUCUUCACUGAAAUUCGCAAUAACUUUGUUCUUCCAUCUACGAAUUGUUUGUUUAUGAAUUUUUGGUGAUUAGGAUUACAUUAACUUUCAUGAGGUAAAGUAGCGAACCAAAAACUGUAAUAUUGUAGACAUUAAAAUGUGAAACAAAA